GCUUUUGCGUUGUUUUCUGCGCGGGGAGACGGGGGCGGGGGUGGUGGUGGUGGUGGUGGUGCUGCUGCAGGUACUGGAGGUACUGGUGGUACUGGUGCUGGGGGCGCAGGCACGCCAACACACGAGGAUGGCGCGGUCACGCCGGAUCCGGAUCCCACGCCCCGCGCCGUGAAGACUGGAUAGUCGCCGCGGGGCCGGGGCGGGGGGAUCGCAUAGCAUAGCACAGCAUGGCACUGGGCAGGAAGGCGUGUUGAGGCGGUUGUUGGAUGGGGACUCGUUGGAUGGGUGGGCGUGCGAGUCCGCGAGACGCACGCACGCAGACUGAUUGACUAGACGGGACGCGACGGGACGGGACCGGGGGAGUGUGGACCGGGGGAGUGUGGGUGUUUCAAUGGUAGUGCACCGAAACAUGCAUGGCUUGUUUAUUUGUUUCCUUCUAAGCUUAUGUACGACAUGUCUUCUUCUUCUUCUCUUCUCUUCUCUUCCGUAUCUUUACUUGUCUUCUCUUCCGUGCUUCUUUUUCUACUUUUCUUCUCUUCAUGUCUUCUGUUCACCUCUUCUCUUCGUGUCUUUCUGCGCGUCUUUCCGCGCGUCUUCUACGCUGUCUACUUUGUCUGUACACGCUGCACAUGGAUUGCGUUUUCAGCGGCAAAAGGAUCGUGUACGCUCGCUUUUCGAGGGGUGGGGUUGGUGUGGCGACGGGGGUGUGUGUAUAGUGCGUGUGUAGUGUAGAGUAGCAGAUGGAAGAUUCCAAAUAGGUAUAUGGAGGUAUAUGGAGGUAUAUGAUAUGGAGCGGGGUUGUCAAUGUAUUCAUCACUCGUC